UGGAAUAAUCCAGAAGAGAUAGAAGCCCAUAAGAAACCAAAAAAAAAAGGAAAAUUCAACCACCGGUGAUGACGGAGUCCUCCACAUUCUCCAUCGCUAACCUACCGGAGAUACCUGAUCUCAACCCUAACAUGCUAUCCGAUCUCGAGAUGACCUCAUUCCCGCCGCUAGAUCCUUUCUCCCUCUCUGCCUCCGAUCCAAUUUCCGAUCUAAGCGCCUUCCUCGACGGCCAGAACGGAGACUUUGCCGAUUUCGAUUUCUCAUUGGACGAUUUCGACUUCGACCUCGACGCGGAAGUCCCGGUGGUGAUCUCGGAAGCGAUUGCGAACAACGAUUCAUCGGAGGCGAAGAACGAAGGCUCGGAAGAGCGAUCCGACUCCGUUCAUUCUCAGGUCUCGUCGCAAGGCUCGAAGACUUCCGCGUCAGGCGGCGGCUGCUGCGAGGCGUUAUCCUCUCCUGAGAAGUCUUCAGUCAGCAAGAGGAAGAAGGGAGACUCGGGAGGAGAAUACAGGAGCUCUAAGCAUCAAAAAUCCGAUGCCUCGCCUAUGGAGGAGGAGGAGGAUGAAAAGAAGAAGGUGAGGCUGAUUAGGAACCGCGAGAGCGCUCAGCUUUCGAGGCUGAGGAAGAAGCAAUACGUUGAGGAGCUUCAAGGGAAAGUCAAGAGUAUGAACUCAACAAUUGCUGAGUUGAAUACUAAGAUAUCUUAUGUUAUGGCUGAGAAUGCUGCGUUAAGGCAGCAGAUGGCUGCUACUGCUUCUGCUGGUGCUGGUGCUCAUCCUCCUCCUAUGAAUCCUUACAUGGCUCCGUUACCUUAUCAGUGGAUGCCGUAUCCUCCUCCGCCGUAUCCUUAUGGAUCACAGACUCCUUUCGUUCCCAUUCCUAAACUGCCUCUCCCGCGUUGUAAGCCGAAUAAGGGAGAGAGCAAAAGCAAGCUCAAGAAGGUUGCUAGCAUUAGUUUUAUUGGGGUUGUGUUCUUUAUGUUCUUGUUUGGUACGUUGGUUCCGUCUAUGAAUGUAAACAAUGGAGGAAGAGAUAGUGGUUUGUCUAUGUAUGAGGGUCGUAGGUAUUAUGAUGAAGGUAGAGGGAAGGUUCUUAUGGUUGGUGAUGGGUCUGAUGUUAGAAGAGGUAGGGGUCUUGGUGAGAGAGAUAGUUGUGGGGGAGUAGAAGGACGACUGAGCAAUUCCAGUGAGCCUCUCUUUGCUUCUCUCUACGUUCCAAGGAACGAUGGGCUUGUGAAGAUCGACGGGAACUUGAUCAUUCAUUCUGUUCUGGCUAGCGAGAAAGCUAAGAAGAAUAUCUCCGAGACGAUAAAAAGGGAAGAACCUGAUUUGACUGUUCCUGGUACUCUGUCUUCUGCAUUAGCUGUCCCUGAUGUUAGAGGAAACGGGGCGAUGCUUCCGCAUUCUUCCAAGGCUCUCUCUUCUGGUUCGCCUGAUAGGAAAAGACUUCACCAGUGGUUUCAUGAAGGUGGUGCAGGGACUUUAAUGGAUUAUAGCAUGUGCACCGAGGUCUUCCAGUUCGAUAUUUCACCAGGGGCUAUAGUCCCAUCAUCAGUCUCCAACAUUACAAGGGAGCAUCUCCAGAAUGUCACCACCACCCAGGACAAGAGAAUGAAGAACAGGAGGAUUCUCGAGGGGCUUCCGGUUUCACGUUUGGCAUCUGAGCUCAACAACAUCACGGAAGCCCAGGCGAGCAAAGACGCCCAAAACAAGAGCUUUCAUGGGAAAGCUAAUACCAAACAACCUACAUCAUCAUCUUCAAUGGUUGUUUCAGUGUUGCUUGAUCCAAGGGAGGUGGUCGACUCUGAAACAGUCAUGCCCUCAAACCCGAAAUCACUUUCCCGGAUCUUCGUGGUGGUGCUUCUAGACAGCGUAAAGUACGUUACAUACUCAUGUGUUCUUCCCCGGUCAGGUCUCCACCUUGUGGCCACCUGAUCCGAGAAUAGCUCGUUUUUUUACUCAUGUUGACCCAAAGUAGACGAACAAUGACUUGUUUAUAUACAAACACAUUUGUGACUUUUUUCCCUGUGUUGUAGUAAAACUCAGUGUUUUUAA